AUGGAGAAGUUCCAGAUCUCCUUUGAGUCCAAUACCACGAAGGCUAAUGAAGUCAUUUCUAGCUUGGGCUCAACCCUUAAAAUAGAGAAGGCGAAACUUCAAGAGGUUCGCAUUGGUCUUAAGACUGACCAUGCUGAGUUCAAUUCAUCUAUCUCCUCGAAGAUAACUAAACUUCAUGAUGACUUAGCCAUGGAGAGCAAAAUAUUGGAUGCUCUUGUCGUAAAGACUGCAAAGGUGAAAGUCUUGACGGUCAAGUUAGAAAAUGCUGAAAAACGAGUCAAUGAUCUUCUAUCUGAGAAAGCAGCUAUGAAGAGUUGUAUAGCUGAUGUAAAUGGCUUGCUUUCGGAUAUUAUUAAGGCUCGUGACUCAAUGAUCAUAAUAACUGUGAAGAAGUGUCUUUCUGAGAAUCUCAGGCCCGUCUACGCCAUUAUUCACAGACUAGAAGGUGUUCCAGAAUCUAGCUCUAUUCCGAAACAAAGGGGAGAAGGUGUGACUCAAUCUAAAAAGGAAGACCCUAAACCUUCAGCCAAGCCCACUGUCAAGAGCGAAAAUGAGCCUAAAGGCAAAGAAAAGAUUUUCAGUGAAGAACCAAUUAUUGACAAUAGCGAAGAUGAAGAGCUUGAUGAAAAUGAGUUGAAAAGAAGAAAGGACCGAAUUCAAAAUGAAGCUGUGGAUAUUCCAAUUCAAUAUUGGCUAGAACUGGUUGUGUCAUUCGAUCUUCAGAAUACACAAGAUUCGCAGCUAGACCUGAAAGCCUUCAGGUUUCGCAGCUUUGUGAAAGUAGAGAAUGUCCCAUCCACAGAUAGCGGCGCAUAUCAUUUACUCUUCUUGUUUUAUCUCAAGCAUGUGAAACCACAAUACAAAACGUGGAGUGCUAGCAAGAUUAUAGUAGUGAAGGCCACCGAUCAAAUCGAAAUCGACAGCUUCCCAAAUGCAAAGUUCAAGGUUAUGAGAGGUUCAUCCAGUCAGGUCCACAAAUUCACUCUCAUAGAUCUGCCUUGCCUCAAUCCUUAUGAUUGA